UGAUUCUAGAAUGGUUGAUCGAAUUAGUCAAGAAGGAAGUCAGUGGAGCGAUGGCUGAGAGAGAGUGAGUGAGUGAGUCAGUGCACAGCAAAGUAUCGACACACACACAUUCAGACAGCCACACACACAUGCACAGCAUGCACGAACGGACAGACAGACGGCCACACAGAUAGAGACGCAACAACACACACACACACACACACAUUUGAGUGCGUUACAAAUAAGGAGUGUGCACCCACACACUCACACAGCAGCCGCCCACACGCAGAGAGAGAGAGAGAGAGAUGGGGGGCAGCCAUGCACCUAUGGCAUCGCAUCAGGGCGGCUAAUUUGCCUUCCUGUCUGUCUGUCUCACUGAGUGGCUGGAUCGGGUCGACCGAAGGAAGAGGCCACCGCCCCCCCGGCUGUCUGUCUACACGUCUGUACGAUCAAGUUGCUAUCUUUCGGCCAGCCACUGGCAAAACUCAACGGGAGGGAUGCAGGCGGCCAACUGCUGUACACUGACGCACCAAGGAACGCAAAGAGGCAAACAAACCGGCAGACACAGAAAAAGGCCGACAUCAUGGCCAUCUCAUCAGGCAGGCAGGCAGUAGCUUGCAGACGUCCUUCUCUACAUCAAUCAGUCGACCAGGCCAGCGAGUUGGUAUAUGUGUGAGUGUGUAAUGUGCGUCAUAGGAGCGAUCAGGUCAUUUUUGUGUGUGUGUGUGGACAGGAACGGGUGCCGCAUAGCGUAUGGGUGGUCGCAUCACGCUUAAAUCAACGCGCACCCAUCCACAACUCAUCCACACCCACAGAGCGAUCUGUCCGUCUGUCUGUCUACCCGCCUCUCUCUCUGUCUCUCGUGCGUCUACACGUAUCAACACACCGCACCGCGCCGCACCCGGACACAUACACACCACACCACACACCACACCCUUUUCUGUCUCUUUCUUUCUGUCUCGUUAAUUAUAUUAUCGCAACGCACACACAAGACGCAUAGGCAGAUAGAUUAGAUGUACAUCCGGCCACGUCACCUUCCCAAAAGCGACCGAUCGAUCACCGAUGCUUGGCUGUUUCCUUUGCCUCGACCUUCUUGGACUGCGGUGAGGCUGUGGACGCCGGGCCCCCGUAGAACUGCGAUAUGUAGAUGAACACGCCCUGCACACAAUACCCAGGCAGGCACCACAGACAAGACAGCACAGAGAGACCGGCGGUCACAGGGGAGUGUGGGUGUGUGUGUGUGUGCCUUCCGAAUUGUAUGUGUAAGUGUGUGUGUAUGGGUACCAGGACGACUACGAUGAUGAUGAGGUUGGUGCCGAGGUUUCUGACCCACGCCGGCACCCGUGGCUUUGCCUUGUGCUCCUCCUCACCUACCACACACACACACACACACACAAACACACACACACACACGUGUGUGUGUUUGUGUGUCUGUGGGUGGAUGGGUGGGUCGUUGUGUGUGCCGACCGACCUUGGACCUCUACGCCGGAUCCUUGUCUUAGUUUUUUGGCCUCCUGCUGCUCAAGGAUGCUGUUCAAGACAAUCACCAGCCUCGCACCGGCAGUCAAGAUGCGCUGCUGCAUCUCCUGCACACACAUACGCCGAUAGAGAGAUAGAAACCAGCGGCAUGGCAUCCGUAAGUGCGUAGUGUACCUGCCCCCAUUGCCUCUCCAUGUGUGGAGUGGUCUUGAAGUCGGGGACGAGCCUGACGUUCUGGGUGGGGUCCUUGUACACCUUGUUGCACGCCACCUGCAGAGACUCGCUCGCCCACCUGCACACAAGCAGCAGCAGCAGACCAUCACUACCGCGAGACGAGACGAGGUGUGGUUUGUUUGGUCAAGUGAGCACCCACCUCUCGAACAGCUCGAAGUCCUUCUCGGCCCACUCCUUCUUGUCGUUCUCAUACUGGCUCUUGACCGAAUUGACGUGCGUCCACCCACCGUACCAGAAACCUUUACACACACACCCAGCCGCACACACACGUGUAUGUGUAUGGCUACCGAUCUCGCUGUGUGUGAGAACUGACUGGUGUGCGUACCGGGCCGUUCAGCCAUCAUGGUUUGUGUGAGGGUGGUGUCCCAUAUCUCGUAUAGUGAGUGGGGCUUGUUCUUGAAGGUGCCGUUAAUCGCACGGCCCAUGUCAGACGCCUUGAAGCCGACCUGACGAGUGCAUCGCACACACAGCAAGUGGUGCACUCUCUGUGUGUGUGACGGUGUGUCUCUCUGUGUGACGGUAUGUGUGUGUGUGUGUGUGUGUGUGUGGUGGGCUGGGAUGUGUACGUGUAAUGGCUGGUGCAGGUCGCCGAUCAGGUUGAUUAGGUACUUCAGGCAAUCGGCGUCCGUGAAGUGAAUCCCUGACAUACACACACACACACACACACACACACCAGACACACAGAGGGAGAGAGAGAGAGAGAGAGGACAACGAUACUAGGUGGCUCUCCAUCCCAAGCUUAUCUCAUGUUACCUUCAGGGUACUUCAUUUCGACAAGUUUCUUGCCGGUCAGCCGGCCGUAGAAGUGCUUCAGAGCCGCAAGGAGGCACUUGUUGUCGGGGCACUCUGACACGUCAAUCUUGUCACACCGCCACUCGGUGUCCGGCUCUCCGCCAGGCUGUGGCUGGAAGUGGAGUGCGGUUGUCCAGGGGUACUGCUUGUUGACCUUGUGCGCCCACUCGGACACGUCCACGGCGUCCUUGCCGCCCAUCAGCCGCUUCAGCUGUGCCAGGGCUUUCCCCUUGAGGGCCGACAUGGCCGUCAUGCCGAUGGCCUCGUGGCCGUCUUUGUCCCACGCUCGUGCUUGGUUGUCCCGGCUGGUCAUGAAGAGCGCCACGAACGACACCCACGCCCUCCAUGAGAAGAGCAGCAUCUGUUUCAACAGCAAUUAAGCAGCUGGCAGCCGGCUGCCGGCCGGUCUGUGUGUCAGUCAGUCGAGGUCAGUCGAGCAGCGGCAACCACGGCUGAAAACAGACAGAUCCUGUCGCCUCUGCUGUCCUCCCUAGUGAUGCUGCGCUUGCGGCGUUCUCU